AUGGCCUCAAAAUCCCCAGCCGUCCGAGUCCUGAGCAUGGUGCGCAGCUCGCCUGCUAACCCACGCUAUGCCCAGUUUCAGCAUCGCCUCUCUACUCGCACUGUCUUCACAAAAUCUACGCCACGUCAAGCUCAGCCUGCUCCUUCACCUGCAACGUCUGCCACCUCGCCGAAGGCGCAUGCGCCCCCGUCCGCAUCGAAACCCGCCGACGUUGCUCUCAAUUUCGAGGACGAACCGAUCAAGCUACAAGAAGAUGAUCCGAGUGGAAUUGACUGGUCUUCGUCAUUCAACGGCCUGUCCGUACAACCAUUCUCAAAAGAAGCCGCAGAUGUCCUCCUCGCUCCAUUAGUCAAGAAUGAUGUCGAGAUCAAGCCCGAUGGCAUCAUCUACCUUCCCGAGAUCAAGUAUCGUCGCAUUCUGAAUAAGGCGUUUGGGCCUGGAGGCUGGGGACUGGCACCGAGAGGCGAGACAAUCGUCACCGACAAAUCUGUAACAAGAGAGUAUGCAUUACUGGCCCUAGGGAGGUUGGUGUCCAUCGCUCGUGGCGAGCAGGACUACUUCAACAAGGAUGGUAUUCCUACGGCCUCCGAGGGAUGCAAAUCAAACGCUUUGAUGCGAUGCUGCAAAGACCUGGGCGUCGCAAGCGAGCUUUGGGAUCCCCGAUUUAUCCGAGAAUUCAAGGCAAGUCAUGCUCGCGAGGCCUUUGUGGAGCAUGUGGUCAACAAGAAGAAGACCAAGAUUUGGCUGCGCAAAGGCGAUGCCGUACAAUAUCCAUAUAAGGAAACCAAGUUUGGUGCUGCAUCAGCCUGA